AUGGAAUCAUCCAUCAACUCUGUUUUCAAAAGAAUUGGUGACUUUGAUUUGGAAAUUUCUAAAAUAGGCCACCUGGAAUCUGAAGUAAAUGAAUUGAAAGUGACCUUACAGGAUAUAAAGGAAAGCCAAAGUAAAAGUGAGCAAUGGGUUCGUCGCUCAAACAUUCAAAUUAACGGUGUUCCCCAAAAAAAUGGUGAAAAUCUUAUUCAAUUAAUAAAAACGUUGGCCGAAAAAGCUAACUACACAUUAUCCACAGAUACCGAUAUAGACUUCAUAACUCGAAUCGCCACAAAAAAUAAUACUAGUGACGGUAGACCCAAACCCAUAAUUUUGAAAAUGCACUCUCGUUAUAAGAAAGAUGAUUUUUUAACAUCUCUUCGCAAAUUAAAUAAUUUGAAGGCCUGUGACAUAGGGUUUACUGGAAGACAAGAUAAAAUAUAUUUUAAUGAUCAUCUGUCUACUGAUAAUAGGGCACUUUUUAAUGAAGCGAAGCGUUUAGCAAAGGAAAAGGGCUACAAUUAUUGCUGGGUUCGCAACUGUACCAUAAUGGUUCGACGCAAGGAUGAUUCUCCAGUUAUUCAUAUUACAUCUAAGGACUGUUUAAAAAAACUAUCAUAA